ACACUCUAUAUAUACGUAUAUGGAGUAUAACAUAUGAUUAUCAGCUUCUCUUCAUUCUCUUUUUUGCUAUUAUCUUUCUUCUAACUAUACUUCUUUUUCUUCUUCUUCUUCCAUCAUGGUGGUGGCUCAUCAGCUUACUCCGCCGUCUAGCCGACAAGAAAAAUUACGUGACAUUGAGCUUCCCAUCAUAGACCUUAUGGCCGAAAGAUCGGAAGUGUCAAAGCUCAUUGUUAAAGCCUCUGAAAACUUUGGUUUCUUCAAAGUCAUCAACCAUGGUGUCCCUCAACAAGUAAUCAAAGCAAUGGAAGAUGAAAGCUACGGUUUUUUCUCUAAACCGGCUUCACAAAAACAACGUGCUGGACCGACAAAUCCCUAUGGCUAUGGCUGCAAGAACAUAGGGAUCAAUGGAGAUUAUGGAGAAGUUGAAUAUUUGCUUCUUCACACCAACCCUUUGUCUAUCUUUCAAAGAUCCAAUACUAUUUCCAAUGACCCAACCCUCUUUAGGUGGGCAGUGAAUGGUUACAUGGAAGCAGUUAGGGAGUUGGCAUGUGAAAUAUUAGAGCUGAUGGCAGAAGGAUUAAGGGUCUCAGACACCUCAGUGUUUAGCAACUUCCUUAGGGACUCAGAUUCAGACUCUCUCCUUAGGCUCAAUCACUAUCCUCCACUGCAACUCCUACAACUUCACAAUACUAGAAAUAAUAGAAUUGGUUUUGGAGAGCAUACUGACCCUCAGAUCUUGACCAUCUUGAGAUCCAAUGAUGUUCCUGGCCUUCAAAUCUCACCUCAUGAAGAUGGUUCCUGGGUCCCUGUCUCUCCUCACCCUUCUACUGCCUUCUGUGUCAAUGUGGGCGACGCACUACAGGCACUGACGAACGGAAGGUUUUUGAGUGUAAGGCAUAGGGCGAUGGUGAAUUCUUGUCGAACGAGGAUGUCAAUGGCCUAUUUUGGUGCUCCAGCAACCAAUACCAGGAUAGCUUGUUCCCCCGAGCUGCUCUCACCACACAAAACUAAUCUGUACAGGCCUUUCACUUGGGAUGAGUAUAAGAAAGCUACUUAUUCCAGGAAACUUGGAGACACUCGCCUCCACUUCUUUAGGGUACAAUCAGAUCAUGAUGAUCUUAGUGAAUGAUCUCGAUACUUUUAUUAGAAGGAGAAAAAAAAAUGAGGCUUGAAUGGUUCUGUAGAUCCCCAAAGGGGAAUUUUGUUUCAGCCCAUUCCCUCUGCUCUUGGUUUACUGGGUUUUAACUAUUUACUAAGACUACUAGCUCUAAUACUCAAUUAAAAAAAGAAAGCGGAUGUGGUUUUCUCUUGUA